AGUCUCCUUUUAGAAUAGAUCUAAUGGUAUUCAAAGUCAAAGCGUGACCGUCAUGUAUGAAUCGCUAGUCAGGAAUCUAUUCAAGAAAAGAAGAUUAAGUAGUGAAACAAAGAAGUUGAGAUGUUACUGAUCUUGAGAGCUGCAUUUCUGAGCAAGACUAUAUAUGUAGGUGGCUCAGUACUUUGUCAAACCAGUACUUAGCAAAAACCAGACUUAUUUCUAUCAUUUAAUAAGGUGCAUGAAAUCUAAUAUGCUGAUUCCUUUCCUAAAUCCCAAAGAACCAAGCAAAGCUUAUUUUUUUUAGGAAUGAAAAGGAAAGUUACUUCUAGUAUCCACAUAAGAAGUCAGCAGUUAGGGGAAACUUCUUCCUUGCUCCAGUGAAGAGGAACAGGAAACUUCCUCUUUUCUCCUCACGGCUGGGUUGCCAAGAAUUCUUCAAUUUGAAAACUCAUCUGACAUCAUAUAUAAGGACCAUCUUGAUGCCAUGCAAUGGGAACAUUUAACUUUAAUCAUGAUCAGGAAUAAUCCUACCAAUCGUGUUUUUCUGCUCUUUUUCCUGUUCUUCAGGAUUAAUUUCUUGGCCACGACACAAAUUACUACUAUUCCAAUAAAUGUGGGAGUAAUUCUUGACUUGGAUACCUGGUAUGGGAAAUUGGGGCUGAGCUGCAUCGACAUGGCCCUUUCCGACUUUUAUGCCUCUCAUGCUUACUACCAUACCAGGCUGGUUCUACACAAAAGGGACUCUGCAAAUGAUGUUGUUGAUGCAGCUGGUGCAGCUCUAGACUUGAUAAACAAUGUUAAAGUGCAAGCCAUCAUAGGGCCAGAUUCAUCAAUGCAAGCAACUUUUGUGAUUGAACUUGGAAAUAAAGCUGAGGUUCCCAUAAUCUCGUUUUCAGCAACAAGCCCUUCCCUUGGGAAUUCGUACUUUAUCCGAAUAGCACAAAUUGACACAUCUCAGGUGAAAGUCAUAAGUGCCAUCAUCCAGGCCUUUCAUUGGAGUGAAGCAGUUCCCAUCAGCGUUAACGACGAGUUUGGAAAGGGAGUAAUACCAUAUCUGACUACUGCUUUGCAAGCGAUUGGGGCUCGCAUCCCUUACUGGGUUGUGAUUCCUUCCACGGCAACUGAUAAUCAAAUAGAUGUAGAGCUGGCCAAGCUGAUGAAAAUGAAAACCAGGGUCUUCAUAGUACACAUGUUACCUUCUCUUGGCUCUCGACUUUUUUCUAGGGCAAAUGCAAUGGGAAUGAUGGAAAAAGGCUUUUCUUGGAUAGUGACAAAUGGCAUGACUAGCUUCUUUAGUUCCUUAAAUUAUUCUGUCAUAGAUGACAUGCAAGGGGUGUUGGGUUUAAGAACCUAUGUUCCAAAUACAGAGCGGCUUAAAAUUUUUACAGGUAGAUGGCGAAGGAAAUUCCAACAAGACAAUCCAACUCUCCUCGAUGUUAAAUUGGAUAUUUUCGGACUGUGGGCUUAUGAUGCGGCCUGGGCACUUGCCAUGGCAGUUGAGAAUGUACAGACUACAAACUCCCGUUCCAGCACGAUGAACAUCUCUGGUAGUUCCACUGGUUUACAAGGGUUGGAGAUCUCUCAGAGUGGUCCUGAACUUGUCCGAGAACUACGGGAUAUGAGAUUUUCUGGACUUUCAGGAGAUAUCAGUCUUAUUGAUGGAGAACUACAAUCAUCAACUUUCCAGGUUGUUAAUGUGAAUGAUAAUGGGGAAAGAGGGGUAGGAUAUUGGACACCCCAGAAUGGACUUGUAAGAAACUUAGACUUAAAAAACACACGCAGGUAUGCUAAUUCUAAUGCCAGUCUUGGAACUAUCAUAUGGCCUGGUGACACCACCUCAGAUCCGCAGGGUUGGCAGAUUCCUAUGAGUGGAACAAAACUAAAAGUUCUAGUCCCAGUGAAGAGUAUUUUUAAAGAAUUUGUAGAUAUAUCAUAUGAUAGUAUCACUAACACGAGUGAUGCCACUGGAUACUGUAUAGACGUCUUUAAAGCUGUAAUAGAAUCAUUGCCGUAUACAGUCCCUUACGAGUUUUAUCCCUUUGCAAGAUCUGAGGCCGAGACUUACAAUAAUUUGAUUGACCAAGUGUUUCUUGGGAACUAUGAUGCUGCAGUUGGCGAUAUUACCAUUAGAGCAAAUAGAUCCUUGUAUGUCGACUUCACAUUGCCAUACACAGAAUCUGGUUUAUCAAUGAUCGUGCCUAUCAGAGAUAAAAAUGAUGCUAAAAGCACAUGGGUGUUCUUAAAGCCUUUGACUUGGGAUCUUUGGGUAGCAAUUGGUUGUUUUUUUGUAUUCACGGGCUUGGUGGUCUUGGUUCUUGAGCAUCCGAUAAAUAAAGACUUCCGAGGACCUCCAUUGCAUCAAAUUGGCACAAGCUUAUGGUUCUCAUUCUCAACCAUGGUUUUUGCACAAAGGGAGCGAGUACUGACAAACUUGGCUAGGUUUGUUGUGAUAGUAUGGUGCUUUGUUGUUCUCAUACUAACUCAAAGUUAUACUGCUAGUUUUAGUUCAAUAUUAACAGUUCAACAGCUUCAACCAGUCAUUACUGAUGUAAACCUGUUAUUGAAAAACGGGGACAAUGUUGGCUAUCAGGCAGGUUCUUUUAUCUAUUGGAUACUAAAGCAAGCAGGAUUUCAAGACGCAAAUCUUUGGACAUACGAGUCUCCAGAAGAAAUGAAUGAACUCCUUCAAAAUGGGAACAAAAAUCAUGGCAUUUCUGCUGCUUUUGAUGAAACCCCGUACAUGAAACUUUUUCUUGCAACUUAUUGUUCAAAAUAUACCAUGGUUGAGCCGACAUUUAAAACUGAUGGUUUUGCCUUUGUCUUUCAAAAAGGCUCAAUUCUUACUCGUGAUGUUUCAAUGGCAAUCACUAGUUUCCAUGAGGGAGCUGAGAUGGAGAAAAUCGACCAGAAGUGGUUCAAGAACAAAAAAACUUGUUCAGACUCCAGCACCACAAGUUCUUCCAAUGAUCUGACUCUUAGCCUUGAUAACUUUCGCGGCCUCUUCAUUGUUGCUGGGGUUGCUUCAUCAUUAGCUCUCCUCAUAUGUGCAGCCAUUUUCUUCCAUGAACACAGGCACACUUUCAGGAGCUUUGAUCCAGGAACCUCAUUAUGGAGUAGAAUUCGUGUCAUAUUGAGAUUAUAUGACCAAAAGGACCCCAAAUGGGAUACCUAUAACGGAAGACAGCAGCAAUGUUCAGUUCAUGGUAUUAUAGGCGGCAUUGAAGGCUCACCAAGCACCAACUCUCCCCCAAUGCCAUCAAGCGACGACACUGAGUUAGGUUCCCCCAAUGAAGAGAGACCGACAACUCAUUAGAAUACCCAAGAAAGCUAUGGCCUUUGGCUGUGUGGUAGUACUACAAUGCAAAGUAUAUGGUUUUGUUGGAAACACAUAAGUUCUUGUGAUAUUCAAAUGUGAAUCCUAUGUUCGUAAUCUUUCAAUCACUCACUGAAUCUAUGGCAUGAACCAU